UUGACGCGCAGUAUAAAUUGGGCUGGAGCGGAACCGUUCCCCGGCCGGCUGUUCUCGGUGGGGAGUCAGAGGAAGUCCUGUGUUAAGAUUCACGGUCAGAACCGGGUUCUCCUGAAACCAUGGCCAAGCCGCUGACGGACCAGGACAAGAGGAAGCAGAUCUCUGUCCGGGGACUGGCCGGGGUGGAAAAUGUCGCGGACCUGAAGACCAAUUUCAACAGGCACCUUCACUUCACGCUCGUGAAGGACCGGAACGUUGCGACCAAACGGGACUAUUACUUCGCUCUGGCCAACACGGUCCGGGACCACCUGGUGGGCCGCUGGAUCCGGACCCAGCAGCAUUACUAUGAGAAGGACCCCAAACGCGUCUAUUACCUCUCCCUGGAGUUCUACAUGGGCCGGGCUCUGCAGAACACCAUGGUGAACCUGGGCUUGGAGAACGCCUGUGAUGAAGCCACCUAUCAGUUGGGUCUGGACAUGGAGGAGCUGCAGGACAUUGAGGAGGACGCCGGCCUGGGUAACGGAGGACUGGGUCGUCUUGCUGCGUGCUUCUUGGACUCCAUGGCCUCUCUGGGUCUUGCUGCUUAUGGGUACGGGAUCCGCUACGAGUUUGGCAUCUUCAAUCAGAAAAUUCUCAACGGCUGGCAGGUGGAAGAAGCAGACGACUGGCUGCGAUAUGGAAACCCCUGGGAGAAGGCUCGCCCGGAGUAUAUGCGUCCGGUUCACUUCUAUGGCAGGGUGGAACACACACUAGAAGGAGUGAAAUGGGUUGACACUCAGGUGGUCCUGGCUCUUCCCUACGACACCCCGGUCCCUGGCUACAGGAACAACAUUGUCAACACCAUGAGGCUGUGGUCUGCGAAGGCCCCCUGUGAUUUCAACCUCAAAGACUUUAAUGUUGGAGGCUACAUCCAAGCUGUGCUGGACAGAAACCUGGCUGAGAACAUCUCCAGGGUUCUCUACCCCAACGACAACUUCUUUGAAGGGAAGGAGCUGCGUCUGAAGCAGGAGUACUUCGUUGUCGCAGCCACCCUUCAAGACAUCAUCAGGCGAUUCAAAGCCUCCAAGUUUGGCUCCACAGAGUUUGUGCGAUUGGACCUUUCUACAAUGCCAGACAAGGUGGCUAUUCAGCUGAAUGACACUCACCCUGCUCUCGCCAUCCCGGAGCUGAUGAGGCUCCUGGUGGACGAUGAGAAACAGUCCUGGGAGAUGGCUUGGGACAUCGUGGUUCGCACCUGUGCCUACACCAACCACACCGUCCUGCCUGAGGCCCUUGAGCGCUGGCCCGUAGACCUCUUCCAGAACCUGCUGCCUCGACACCUGGAGAUUAUAUACGAGAUCAACAGGAGGCAUUUGGAGCGCAUCGGUAAACUUUAUCCCGGAGAUUCUGACCGACUGCGCAGAAUGUCCCUGAUUGAGGAGGGGGACGUGAAGAAAAUCAACAUGGCUCAUCUGUGCAUCGUGGGGUCCCAUGCAGUCAACGGAGUGGCCCGCAUCCACUCUGAAAUCAUCAAAGACACUGUGUUCAAGGAUUUCUACGACAUGGACCCUCAGAAGUUUCAGAACAAGACCAACGGGAUCACACCCAGGCGCUGGCUGGUCAUGUGCAAUCCAGGCCUAGCUGAGGUCAUCGCUGAGAGGAUUGGAGAGGAUUACAUCCGUGACCUGGAUCAGCUGAAGAAGCUUUUGGACUUCAUAGAUGAUGAUGCUUUCAUUAGAGAUGUGGCAAAAAUCAAACAAGAAAACAAGCUGAAGUUUGCUGCCUACCUGGAAGAGCAGUCCAAGGUGAAGAUCAACCCCAACUCCAUGUUUGAUGUCCAGGUGAAGAGGAUCCACGAGUACAAACGACAGCUGCUCAACUGCCUGCACAUCAUCACGCUGUACAACCGCAUCAGGAAGGAACCCAACAAGCCUUGGACUCCCAGGACUAUCAUGAUUGGAGGAAAGGCUGCUCCAGGUUACCACACGGCCAAAAUGAUCAUCAAACUGUUCACAUCAAUCGGUGACAUCGUCAAUAAUGACCCUGUGGUGGGAGACCGCCUUAAGGUCAUCUUCCUGGAGAACUACAGAGUUACUCUGGCUGAAAAAGUCAUUCCUGCAUCGGAUCUGUCAGAGCAGAUCUCCACAGCAGGCACUGAGGCUUCUGGUACCGGGAACAUGAAGUUCAUGCUGAACGGCGCCCUCACUAUCGGCACCAUGGACGGAGCCAACGUGGAGAUGGCAGAGGAGGCCGGAGAGGAAAACCUCUUCAUAUUUGGCAUGAGGGUCCAUGAUGUGGAGGCUAUGGACAAGAAGGGGUAUGAUGCCGUGUCGUAUUACAACCGAAUCCCAGAGCUGAAGCAGGCAAUAGAUCAGAUAUCUGGGGGUUUCUUCAGCCCCUCUCAGCCAGGACUUUUUAAGGACCUUGUCAACAUGCUGAUGAACCAUGACAGAUUCAAAGUGUUUGCAGACUACGAAGAUUACAUCAAAUGUCAAGAGAAGGUCAGCGCUCUUUACAAGAACCCCAAAGAGUGGACCAAGAAGGUGAUCCAUAACAUCGCUGGCUGCGGUAAAUUCUCCAGCGACCGCACCAUUUCCCAGUAUGCCAGGGAGAUCUGGGGGAUCGAGCCCAGUCUGGAGAAGAUUGCUGCUCCAGACGAUCCUCGCUAACCCACCACAGCUGCUUCCGUACUUUCCUGCGUAGCUCACCACGCGGUCCAACCUGCAGAGACCAACUCUGUGGCCCGAUCACGUCGCACUGUGGCUUUAUUUCUGGACAAAAUCUAACUUUUUAUCAACUCCAGCUUCCAGUUUGUCUAGCACUUAUCUGAAAUGGGCUCGGUUUUUUUCUCUCUCUCUCUGUUUAACUCAAAGUCAUUUACAGAGCGUAACAAAUUUAGAACUUAGGAGAUAGUAAAUUUUUAUUAAAUUUAGUGAGAAGAUAGACAGAGAGGUUUUAUUAACCCUAGAGGUUUAAAAUGUUGUGGAACAAAUGUUAGAUUGAAAACAUAAAGAUUUAAAUGCUUGGUAGUGUCUUCAAACAAACUUGGACAUGUUAGCCAAGAUUCUUACAUUCCCCAUUUUACAAAACUCCAGCAGCAAUCCAGCUGAAUCUCAGUGCUGUUUGUUGUAAAUCACAUGAAGGAACUGAGUGGUCGAGAGCCAAAACAGCCAGCUCACACUGUGGCCAGAGGAUUUUUAAAGGAAGCCAUGUUUUCAUGUUUGCAGCACAUUCACAUUUUAAUUUAUAUUUAAUAUAAAAAUAUAUAGAGAUAACAGUUUUAUUGUGAUAGCUGAAUGUAUUUAGUACAUUAUUAUUGAUGGGGGAACACUUCAGUUUAAAUCCCCUCAGCAUGUUUGUGUGGUUCAUUGUUUACGCAAGAAAUUUGGAAUUUUCAAAAAGUUUCCCUGCCUGAAGCAGUCUUCAGAAGACGUGUGUAUUGUCUGCUGUACUUAUGUGUGAAACAUAGAUGAGUCCAUGAAUCUGUACUGUAACAUUAUUGAUGUACUGUAACUCCAUUAACCUGUGCUUCAUCCUGUCUAACUGCUGUGGGGCUGCAGAAACCGCUGCCCACGCUGUAAAACAAACACUGUUGCUGUUUGAAUUCAAUAGAUGACUCCACAUCUGUCACAUCAUACAGCCAGGGUUUCACAUUUCAGCUGCUCAGUGGAUGUUUUUAAAACUCAAUAAAUUAAAAAAAAUGUUA